CGAUUAAAGUUUGACUCACCUCUAAAACCACGAUUAAAGCUUGACCCGAGAUCCGAUAUCUCUUUUCUUUUUCUGCGUUAAAAAAAAUUGGAGUUAGAGUUUAUCGACAUAGGCAGAGUUGAAUCCAAUAUCUUGGGUUCAUUGAAAUCGAUUUAAGCAAUUGUAAUCAAAAAUCUAGGGUUCUCGAAGGACUUAUGGAGGACGAUGAAGAACGUGGAGAAGGUUCGGCUGGAGAAGGUUCGGCUCGCGUUGAAACUGCAACAAUGGAGGUCGAAGAAGAAACUUGCUUUCCUGUCCUAGUAACUUCGGAAACUACAGAUGAGGCAAAUAGAGAGUGGAGCAUUCCUGUUACUCCUGUUACUGAAGUUUCAAGGAUGGAAGAAGCAAGCGACGACGAUGAGGAGAAUUGGGAGUAUGAAAUUGGCCAGAAGCCAAGAAAGCGUGAGAAAGAAAACAAAGAAGAUGGGCUUCCUGAAAUCAGAAACAGUGAAGAAGAAGAAGAAGAUCUUGAAGAUCGUUAUGAGUUUGAAAUUGAGGCUUCAGUGGCUGAUUUUCAGGAUGAGGAGUUCAUUGGCAGGAAAACAAUUCCAGAAAGCUCGGAUGAAGAAGAAGAUGAGUUAGAUGUUAGGUAUCGACGAAGCAAAAAAUCGAAUGAUAAACUAGAAGUUGGAACAGCUUUCUUGUCUGGUUAUGAGUUCAAAGAAGCAGUCUUGCACUACGCAUUGAGCAAAGGUCGAAACAUUGAGCAAAGCAGGUGGAACAAAACAAAGCUUAGCUUCAAGUGUGCAAAUGGAGGCAAGUGCAAAUGGAAGGUCUAUUGUGGUUAUGAUCAGCCGAAGCAGAAGUGGUUGGUAAAGACUAGGUACAAAUAUCAUAGUUGUACGCCUAAUGGGAAGUGUAAGCUUCUAAGGAGUCCGGUGAUAGCUAGGCUGUUUCUUGAUAAACUGCGAGAGGAUAAUAAAUUAAUGUCGGCAAAGAUUCAGGAGCUGAUAAAGGAGAAGUGGAAACUUAUAGCUUCAAGAAAUCAAUGCCAACGAGGAAGAACAGUGGCUUUGCAGUGGCUUGACAAGGAGUAUGCCGACCAAUUUGCUCAUCUCCGAGGUUAUGUGAGAGAGAUUGAAAAGACCAACCAAGGUACAACUGUAGUACUUGAAACCAUUCCUAAUGCUGCUAAAGAAGAUGUGUUUGAUCGGUUCUACGUCUGCUUCGAGAAGCUUAGAAGCUCGUGGAGUGGGACUUGUAGGCCAAUCAUAGGGCUUGAUGGAACGUUUUUAAAGGUUGCUACAAAAGGGAUACUACUCACUGCUGUAGGACAUGACGGUAAUAAUCAGAUUUAUCCGAUUGCUUGGGCAGUGGUACAAGGGGAGAAUUCAGAUACAUGGCUUUGGUUUAUCAAGCGACUGAAGCAUGAUCUCAAUCUUGGAGAUGGUAGGAAAUUUGUUCUUCUAUCAGAUAGUUCAAAGGGACUUAUAAGUGCUAUUGAAGAAGAGUUACCACAGGCGGAGCAUAGAAGAUGUGUGAAGCAUAUAGUUGAGAAUCUGAAGAAGAAGCACAAGAAUAAAGAUUUUUUGAAAACAAGGGUGUGGAAUCUCGCUUGGAGCUAUAAUCCGACACAGUUCAAGGAAGAACUCCGUAAGUUGAAGGACUACAGUAUGUCUUUGUACGAAGAUGUGAUGAAAAAGGAACCAAAGAAGUGGUCUCUAGCAUACUAUAGGCUCGGUAGCUUCUGUGAGGAUGUCGACAAUAAUGCUACUGAAUCGUUUAACGCAACUAUUACUGGAGCUCGAGCUAAGUCAUUUGUGCCUAUGUUGGAGACUAUUAGAAGACAAGCCAUGCUCCGAAUAGCGAAGAGAAACAAGAAAUCACAGAGGCGACAGAAGAAGUUUACCAAAUAUAUUGUCGAUAUGCUUGAGUCCGAGAAGGAAGAUGCUGACAAGUGUAUAACAACUCCUUGCACUCAUGGGGUAUUUGAUGUACGUUUGGGAAGUAACACCUAUGAUGUUAACACAACGAGGAGGACGUGUAGCUGCGGGAAGUGGCAGAUCACAGGAAUACCAUGUGAACAUGCCUAUGGAGCGAUGAUAGAUGCUGGCUUAGAUGUUGAAGAUUAUGUUUCUGAUUUCUUCUCCACUGAUUUGUGGCAAAUGACUUACAGUGAUUCUAUCAACACGGUUAGAGGACCAAGAUUUUGGAUGAAGAAGGGAAAAUACAAGUUAGUGGUGGAACCACCAGAGCCUUCACUUCCUGGCAGGAAAAAAAAGAGUAAGAAAAAGAGCUAUCCGAGAAUCAAAGGAAAACAUGAAUCACCGAAGAAAAAGAGGAAGAAGCAAGAAGAAAGGCUUGGAAGGCAAGGCCGCACAAUGCACUGCUCCAAAUGCGGGGAAGCUGACCACAAUGCAGCUACAUGCAAAAUCCACCCAAAGAAGAAGAUCAAGACUGAACCCGUAGCUGGAAGCUCUUCUGGACCAGAAGCUGGAAGCUCUUCUGCAGCCGUUUGACAGCAAUCUCCUACUUGUGUUGUUAAGUGCUAUGUUAUGUGUUCUGUUUUCAUUUUUAGAACUUUAACUUAUCUUUUGCCUACUUCUCUUUACUGUGUCGUUUAUGUGCUAUGUUAUGAAUAUUGUCUUUGUUUUUUAUGCAUCAUCUCGUCUCGUCUC